ACAAUACAACUACAAUACUUCCGUUCAUAGUCCCCUAAAGGAAAUAUGCCCUUUCAAGGUGUUAUAGUCGGGAUUCUCCGCCCAUUAUCCAAUACCAUGAUAAAGAAAUUUCUCUAAAGGGUUCCUAAGAACGUUCAUCCUCGCACAGAUAUGCCUUCAAAGGGAAAGAAGAACUCAAAGACGCUCUCUAGAUUGUCUAACUCGAACAAAUCUCAAUCACCUYURCCACGGUUGGCGAUACCUCMUGCCUCUSAAGUUGGUGAAGAUGAUUUUGUUUCCUCCAYUGAAGAAGCUUCAAGUAAAUAUCCUUCUUUGAUCGGUAAAUCYGCGUUCAUUGGGAGAGUUACUAAUGCUCCARUCCAAUCUGGUGGUUGUAAAGUUUGGCUUUCUGAAUCUUCUAUGGUUGCUUCUAGCUUCACCCAAGGAGCUAUUGUCUCGGUAGCACUUGCUUCUGUAGAAGGGAGCAAUUUAGAAGGCUUUCCUCUUUCCUGUAGUAGACACUUUGGGAUUGAUUAUGGAGAUUCUUUAACCAAUGAAGUGGGAAAUUACUUUGCUCUUGCGAGAAUUUUUUCUUCUAAUAAGGCUCUACUGGUGUCGGCAUGGAAAUUGGAUCAAUUAAGUGCUUCAUCUCUCUCGUUAGAUUUGGAGUGUUCUGUCAUACUUGAGGUACCAAAGGUAAAAUGGGAAGAUAUUGGUGGACAAAGGGAGGUUAAGAUUCAAUUAAUGGAAGCAGUAGAAUGGCCUCAAAAACAUCAAGAUGCAUUCAAGCGAAUAGGGACUCGACCUCCAACAGGAGUGUUAAUGUUUGGUCCUCCUGGAUGCAGCAAAACCCUCAUGGCACGUGCUGUAGCUUCUGAAGCAGGACUAAAUUUCCUUGCAGUAAAAGGCCCAGAACUUUUCAGUAAAUGGGUUGGUGAAUCUGAGAAGGCUGUUAAAUCUCUAUUUGCUAAGGCAAGAGCUAAUGCACCAUCAAUAAUAUUUUUUGAUGAAAUUGAUGGUCUUGCUGUCAUUCGUGGGAAGGAAAGUGAUGGAGUUUCUGUCUCUGAUAGAGUUAUGAGUCAACUUCUUGUUGAAUUGGAUGGUUUACAUCAGAGAGUUGGUGUUACUGUCAUUGCUGCUACCAAUCGGCCAGAUAAGAUUGAUCCAGCCCUUCUUAGGCCAGGACGUUUUGAUCGGCUGCUAUAUGUUGGGCCCCCAAAUGAAUCUGAACGAGAAGAGAUAUUUCGUAUCCAUUUGUGCAGAGUUCCGUGCAGCCGAGAUGUCAGUACAAGGAAGUUAGCUUCUCUUACUCAAGGCUGUUCAGGGGCUGACAUAUCAUUAAUUUGUAGAGAAGCAGCUUUAUUAGCCCUUGAGGAGAACCUUGAGGCUUCAAAAAUAAAUAUGUUGCAUUUAGAAACUGCUGUUAGACACGUGAAGCCAUCUGAAACUGAACCUUAUCAAGAGUUAUCAUCCAAGUUUCAAAGACUUGUUUGUUCUACAUCACAAGGAACUGAUGUAGUGUAUCAGCAGUGCGCAAGACAAUCUAACUGGCUUUCUAAAUGGUGAGUAUAUCCUAUUUAUUUAUUUUAACUUCUUGUUGUUGAUGCACGGUUGGAUAGGCUAGAUUUUUGUUCACUGAAUUUGUAAUUUAUGUUGCAUAAGAUUUGUGGUUAAUACACUUAAAGGAAAUUGCAGAUAUUUUUUUUGUUUGAUCAUUGUCAAUUGGAAAGUAUUUUUGUGAUUUCCUCUGAACACGAUGUUGGGUAUCUAGGAAAUUUACGU